AAAUGCCCAGUAUGCGUAAACACAGCUAAACGCAGAAACUUUGGGUUGCAUUUACUACAAACUUCCGGUCUAUGCUUUAAUGAAAACAAUUCAUUGUUUCUUUUUUUAAGAAAUCAGUUGCAAUUAAGCGACCGAACUCUUAUCUAUGUUGUCUAUUUUUUAGCUGAAAGUAAAGAGUUUCUAAGUACUAACCAUUUUCGUCUACUCUCCUUUUUAAUAUAUCCUAGACUUCAACUUCUCAAGGGCAGUGCCAGCGAGUUGGUUUUCGCCAAUAAUCAAUUAACCAAAGUGCCAACAUUUUUGUCGCAAUUCACGCGGCUAACUCUGCUCAACUUAUCGUGUAAUCAACUCUCUGACCUUCCGAACGAGCUGGGUGUGCUCAACACAUUGCGAGAAUUGAACAUUUGUAAUAAUCGCUUUGACCAUAUACCGAGCUGUCUCUAUCAAACACAAAAUCUUGAAAUUUUCUUAGCCAGCGACAAUCGUAUCAAGCAUAGAGCCACACCGGAGGGCUUGGGCGCUUUGAAGCGGCUCACCAUCUUAGAUUUACGUAACAACAACAUUGAACAAGUGCCACCCGUACUUGGUAAUCUCAAAAAUAUUGUUACUCUGGAGCUGCUUGGUAAUCCAUUCCGUCAACCGCGUCAUCAAAUACUUGUCAAAGGCACAGAUGCUAUCAUGUCGUAUUUGCGUGAUCGUAUACCGGCUUAGCGCCGACGUACGGAAGUCUUUUUUCUUCAUUUUAGAGUAGAGCGUAGCUUGAAAAUCUUUAGUUACAAAAUGGAAAAUGUAAAUUUUGAUGGUCGCGAGAGAUUUGCUCGAUAUUGCUAAUUUUUUUAUGAAAUUAACUCAGCCGCUGUUGGCAUGCGUGAGCUUCGGCGUAGAUAACGUUUUCAAAAGCAGUUGGUGAUAGUUUUGGAAUUUUAUUUGUGAGAACAGAAUACGCAAUACUUUUCAGGAUACAUACAGACAUACUAUGUACUUGAUGAUGUACUCUUAAAA